AAUAUUGAAAAAAAGAUUAACCUUAGAAGAUGCUUGCACAAUUGCUAAAAAUCAGGGUAGACAGUGUCUUUCUACUCAAUAUACUACUAAUAAAGAUCCAUUAUUAUGGUGUUGCUUGAAUAAUUAUGAAUGGCACGCAUCUCUUGGUCAUGUAAAAUAUAGCAAGUCAUGGUGUCCACAUUGUGCAAAAAUGGCUCGCUGUACUAUUGAGGAUAUCAAACAAAUUGCUUUUGUCCGAAAUAGAAAAUGUCUUUCAACUGAAUAUAUAAAUAGCAAAACUGUUUGUUAUGGUAUUGUUCAAAUUAUCAUGAAUGGACAUGAAUUUCUUGCAAGUUUGCAUCAUGUUAAAAUUAGUAACUUUUGGUGCUCAAAAUGUGCAAAAGUAGCUCAUCAUAGUAUCGAGGAUGCUAAAAAAAUUGCAAUUAGUCGAAAUGGAGAUUGCAUAUCUACAAUUUAUUAUAAUAAUCACUCACCUUUACUAUGGCGAUGUGAAAAUAACUAUAUAUUUACUGCUACUCUCAAUGCUAUUAAAAAUCAACACACCUGGUGUCCUUUUUGUUCAAAGAAACGUGAGGAUUUAUGUCGCAAAAUUAUAACAAAAUAUCUUGGUCCACCUUCGCCAAUUCGUAAACCCGAUUUCUUAAAAACUCCAGAAUACCCAACUGGACUAGAACUCGAUAUUCCAUACUAUGAUUACGGCUUUGCGAUUGAAAUGCAAGGUAUACAACAUGAACGUCAAAUCAAAUUCUUUCAUCCAAAUUUUGAAGAUUUCAAGAAACAGCAAACUCGGGAUCAACUCAAGGAAGAACUCUGCAAAGAAAAUUGGAUAGCAUUAAGAUAUGUUUGGUAUUAUGAAGACUCAUUUGAGAAAAUUUUAGUUAUUCUUCGAGAACGGGUCUUAUUCCUUAACU